AUGGACCCCCCGCCAAGUGAAUCGCAGCCAAGUGGAAAAAUCAGAAAAGGAUUCAAGCUGUUUGGCAAACGCAAGCCGGGUAACAUUUUUUCUAUUCGAAGCAAAGGAGAUGGAAACAACAAGUCACCUGUUAUCAAAAGCAAGACCUCGGAUGGAUUAUCUGAUUCUCCUGCACCAGAUUUGGAGCAGGAGCCAGACGAGGAGAAGGGACAGGAGGCGAGUCAAGGAGAGAUGGAGCAGGCGGGAGAUGAGAUAGUUGGUGAAGAUGGUGUUCUGGCUGCCGCUCCUGCUCGCAUGUCCUUCUCCUCAGUGAGCUCGGCUAAGUCCCUCGGCUUCCUUUCACUGCUGAGGGGUGGCCGAAAGGGAACGGGGGACCGGAGGGUGCACACUGUUUCUCAGCCAGUGGGUCGCCAGCGUCGUGGGCUGAAAGGCCUUUUUGGAAAUGUUAAGCUCCGAUCGAAAGAUAAAGAGGACAAAGAGGAAACACCUCCAAGCCCACUUCUUAUGUCAUCCCGAGCCAACAGUGUGGAAAUCAUAAAAGAGGACCUCACGCUCACUCCUAAAUGCCAGCCUCGCUCACCGGUCAGCCCUGAGACAGAGAGCUGUGAGCAGGUCAAGAGCUCCACAACUCACGACGGCUCAUCCACGUCCUCGUCAGAGAAAGCAGCCAAUGUGAGUACAAGUAAUGAGCAUGGGCCUCCUGUGCCCACCUGUGAGUCACCACUGGUGCCCGGCGAUAAGAGCCUAAGCUCCCUGCUGGCAGACAUCUCCUCUCUACUGACCUUUGACUCAAUAUCAGGGGGUGGAGACAUCAUGGCUGAUGUGGAAGCAGAAUGGGGAAAGGCCACCCUCAACUACUCCUGUUACUUUAACAAGCUUUUCAGCCCCAGUGAUGUCCUCUGGUGUAAAGACAAUUCAGUCCACACUGAGCUGCACUUCUACUACUACCAAAGCUCCUACAGAGACACCACCUACUUUGGUCAAGGCUACAUCAGUUACCCCAACUGUUACCUCUUCAGCUGGCAAACUGGCUUCCGAGGGCAUAAUGUCUCCCAAUAUUGCUUCUCCCCUUGGCCGCAUGAGGCCCAAUCCUCUGUUAAGACGAGGGGGACUAGUCAAACAACAGUGGACCACCAGUCUUCUGGUCCAAACACUACAGGUGUGGAGGGAAGUCAGACCUUGUCAUCCAAAACAAAAGAACAACAAAUUGAGCCACCAACAACCCUCCCUGAACCAUCCAAAGAAAAGAGGCCAUCACAGGUCAAAGGGCCAGGGCUUAGCAAAAUUCCUGUGGUUGGAGGAGGACGAGUGGGCAAGAUACCUGUACGGGAGAGCCAAAACGUAAAUGAUGAGCCGCGCAGGGAUCCACCGACGCCUGUGCAAGAUGAGAGGCCCCAUUUCAAUUCGCAUGAAGCAGGGAGCAAAGAUAAAAUCUGUACUGUUGAGGCAAAUGUGCUGACCUCGAAACACACCCAGGAGGAGAGUCAGCAGCCUCAACAACCAAAAGUUGUGACCAGUUCAGCGCGUGACUCAAAGAUCCCCGUCAAGCAUGGCACACAGCCUCACACUGCCUCCAACAUCCCCCAGACUAAAGAUCCCACUCGCUCCAAGAUCCCUACGUCCAAGGUCCCAGUCCGCAGGGUUGGAAAUAAACCUGCUGCCACAGGUGGAAGCACCCAGAUAAGAAAAUAA